CCAGAUUGUUAUAAUAUGUCUCGCUUCCUCCUUAAUGUUGUUCUCAAGUUUAACAAGCCAGGCUGCAGUAUUUCUUAGUGCAGUUCCCGAUCACAGAUGUUCCGUGCCACCGAUCGACGAUCCGAACUCGUACAAUUUUACCGAAUCUGAGAUUCGUAACCUUACAAUUCCGUACAACCCAAUAGAACAGACAUAUGACGCGUGUCAGAGGUAUGCCUAUAACCUCUCAACCUGCACCGGAGGUGAUGACGUUUCAUGCAUUACGUCACCAAUGGAAGCUGGUGUGAUGACGUGUGAUAAAGGCUAUUACUACGAUACAUCGGUGUACAAAGCUACCACAAUCUCCGACUUCAACCUUGUAUGUGAUAGAGUUUAUCUUGAUACUCUGGCCAACACUUUGUUCUUCGCUGGAAUUUUUAUCGGCUCUGCCAUUGUGGGUCCUAUGUCAGACUGGUUUGGUCGUAAGGUGGCAAUAAUAGUUUUCUGCCUCUGUCUUGUAUCUACUGGGGUUGGUUGUGCGUUUGCUCCAACUUACGAGAUAUUCGUCGUAACCAGAGUUCUAACUGCAAUUUUCGGAAUCCCAUGCUUCAUCAUACAGUUCACUUACGUGACAGAGAUAUCUGGCAUUGAAUGGCGAACACAAGCUGGUCUUUUAGUCAACAUGGGGUCCGCUUUAAGUCACGCCAUUCUACCUGGAGUUGCGUAUGCGUUAAGGGAAUGGAGAGGUAUCCAGUUGUACGUUGGUGCAAGUCCUGCAAUUUUCCUAUUGUUCGUGUAUUUUAUUCCUGAGUCUCCCAGGUGGCUUUUGGCAAAUAAAAAAUACAACCAAGCAAAGGCUGUUAUUGGACGAUUCGCCAAAAGUAAAGGGAAAGUGCUGAGUGAUGAAACUUGGGACAGGAUCGUGGAAAUGGAAGAAAAACAUAUUGAAUCAAGGAAGUCUGAAGAAAAAGCUGCAAAGAAACUUGGAGUUUGGGAUCUUUUUCGUUUCCCAGCCAUGCGGGUGAUUUGUCUUGACAUUUUGUUUAUCUGGUUCACUAUUAGUAUGGUGUUCUAUGGACUUACAUUGAACGGUGGAAGUUUGGCAGGCGACCCAUAUCUAAAUACUGCAUUGAACGGUUUAGUAGAAGUAGGCGCCUACUUGGUUCUAUAUUUCUCGGGUAAAUUUGGUCGCAAGCCUAUGUUGAGUGGCAGUUUUAUCUUGGGUGGGCUCUCAUGCAUUUCGUCGAUGUUAUGCGACUACUUCUCCAAUGGAGAUACCGAUUUGUUGAAUGCGUCAACUGCUCUUGCAAUUAUAGGGAAGUUUUUCGCUUCGCUUGGUUUUGCUUUGGUUUAUCAAGUUACGUCCGAACUUUUCCCAAUAGAAGCGAGAACAACAGCAGUGAGCAUGGGAUCAAUGUCUGCUCGAGUCGGUAGCAUGCUUAGUCCUUUAACCCUUCAACUACAGAAAUCUGUGCCAUGGGCUACCCAGACAAUAUUUGGAACCUUGUCAGUGCUGGCCGGCUUCACAACACUUUUCUUUCCGGAAACAAAUAAAGCCGAAUAUCUUCGUUCGCUUCCCGACGCUGAGCAGUUUUAUUGGGACAACAUUUUCUGUUUAAAAUGGUGGAGCAAAGGAAAAAGGACAUCGAACGAGGAACACACUAACUGUGCUUAUGUGGAUGAAGAAAAAAGUGAAAAUGGAAAUGUUACUAGAUUGUAGCGCCAUCAUAGUGUAGAGCUGUCAUGUUGUAGUGUAGUUUUAUUAUAACCAUGACUGGAUUUUCACCGGAACCCUACGAAAUUGCGUUUUAUAAGUUUCAGUAAAUAAAUAUUAACAUAGUA